AUGACCACGCGGCACCCUCUAUCCACUAAAGUUGACACUAACAUGUGACACUAUCAUCAGACGUUAAAUUUAAAUUGAUUAAGGCUUUCGGUAAUAUGUAUUCCUAUCCAGAGUCUGCUUCCUGAAAGUUACAUUCUUUCUCUCUGUGCAGGUAUUUCUGUGGGGCCCUGAAGGAAGCCGUCAACUGUUAUACUUUGGAAGUGUCGUUUUUCGGAUACCAACGUCCUAAUUCUCCAGGAAUAUUUCAGUACACAGAAGAAUCAUAUUGUCGGCUCGGCCGGAACUUAGCUCGCACGUACCUGGAUUACUACCGAGCCAUUGGAGUUAUCCCAGUGAAUCUACCUGCUACUGUUACAACGUCCCCUGAACCAAGGAUGCGAGCCAGAUCAAGCCGGAGCCCAUCAGCGCGUCCUCGCUCCCGCCCUCGGACAACACGCAGCCACGCAGUGCUUCACAUGCAUGAAUUGACGGCUACCUACGACCAGGGCGGCAGUUCCUCCAGUGACGCUGGUGAAGGUUCGCCAGUUCACCCUGCGCCUCCGUUACUCCAGCACAACCAGGGCCCCACACACGUUCUUCUGCACUACCAACAGUUGCCCGCGCCAAUUCCAGAGAAGCACGUGUCUGCAGGCAUCCGAAGCCUGGCUGGAAGGAAAGUAGGAGGUGGAGGUGUGGUUUGCCGUUCUGCAAUGCCUGCUGCCUCCAGGCCACAGCCACCGCCGCCUGCACCUCCCAGACUCACCAUCAUCGACUUCAACAAGUUAACUCGAGGAGGUCUAGAUCAGGCAACUGGACGAGGCCGCGGAAGGAGCAGUCGAGGCAGAGGAAGGCCGAAGAGACGAGAGUCGAGGAAACUUGGCGGUUCUCCUGCACAGAACUGAAGCUAGAUCCUGAUUCAUUGCAGUCCGCUUGAUGAUUGCAGAUGGAUGUUUCCGCUAAAGAAGCAAUUGUUCUGUUUGUCCUCUGCUGUUCCAGUUAUACAGGAUGAAUCGUAUAGAACCGGUCAGAUGAAUUUGCUAAUAAUUCCGCAGGUGAUGCA